AUGGCAAACCAUCUUCAAGAUCCGUCAACUACUUCCCCUAACCCAAGUCUAAUCAAAGAAGAACAACAGCUAGACGAAGAAACGGUGGGCUUGCAAGCACAAAGUCUUGUAAACUCAUUGGCCUUCCCCAUGGUUCUCAAAGCCGCCCUGGAGCUUGGCGUCAUCGACGCAAUCGCAGCCGUAGAUGAAGGCGUGUGGCUCUCAUCUUCUCAGAUUGUGCUUCGUCUUCCUAUCAAACCCACCAACCCAGAGGCACCGGUUUUGUUAGACCGGAUGCUGAUUUUACUAGCUAGCCACUCGAUCUUGAAGUACCGUAUUCUUGAAACCGGAGAAAACCACCCGACCGAGAUCAGGGAAUAUGCAGCUGAACCGGUUUGCAAGUUGUUACUGAACCGUGGAGACGGGUCCGGUUCUCUCGCGUCUCUGUUCUUGAUAAACCAUAGCGAAGUCUAUUUCAAGACUUGGACACAUCUCAAAGAUGUGAUAUUAGAAGGAAAGGAUGCAUUCAGCUCUGCUCAUGGCAUGAAAUUUUUCGAAUACGUUGGUUCCGACAAACAAUUCGGGGAGAUGUUUAACAAGGCAAUGUCGGGAAAUACCAUAUUUACCAUGAAGAAGGUUUUAGAAGUUUACAAAGGGUUUGAAGAUGUGAACACUCUGGUAGAUGUGGGAGGAGGAAAUGGAACAGUUUUAGGUCUAGUGACUUCCAAGUAUCCUCAUAUUAAGGGAACCAAUUUCGAUCUAGCCUCAGUUAUAACCCAUGCUCCACUUUAUCCAGGAGUGGAGCAUGUGUCAGGAGAUAUGUUUAAAGAAGUUCCAAAAGGAGAUGCUAUCUUCAUGAAAUCUACACUACAGGAUUGGAAAGACGAAGACUGUGUAAAGAUUCUUAAAAAUUGUUGGAAAAGUCUUCCUGAAAAAGGAAAAGUAAUAAUAAUCGAUAUGAUCACGCCAAUACAACCAAAGAUCAACGAUGUUUCUUCCAACAUUGUGCUCGCUAAAGACAUGGUGAUGUUAACGCAAUGCUCGGGUGGUAAGGAGAGGUCUCUUUCCCAGUUCGAAACUCUAGCCUUUGAUUCGGGUUUUCGUCGUUGUGAAAUCAUUUGCCGUGUAUAUUCUCAUCAUGUUAUCGAAUUCCACAAAUAG